UACGCAAUGUUUUUUCGAGCAUUCGGAUCCUAAACGAAAAUAUUCUUGUUUUCUAGACUGCUUUUGAACUUUGGAACUGAACCGUACCCAUAUCCAAAAUGGUUCUGUGUUGCUUUCAAAGUCGUAUCUUGUAAAUAGUUUUAUAUUUUUUUGCUGUUGUUUGGUGCUUUGUUUAUGAGCUCUUCAACAAAAGUGGCGAAUGACCAACGGCUCUAGAAAUCCAUCCAUAAGUAUACCUGCUUCACCAAAGGAGUACAACAGUCGAGCACCGAGUUUUACCCGAUUAUACACGCAAUCAUGCAGUUGCUGUUGCGAGCGAUCCAGGCCGUUAUUAUUUACACUAUCAGUAGCUUCUACGCGGUUCUGUUUAUGGUCAGAACUGCAUUCGAGUAUCUGAUAGAUCCCUACCCUUGGCCGCCAAGGACUCGAUCAUUAACGCCUGCCUUGCUAGAUGAUCCCUCUUUUGGAAGCCACCAUUAUGCCGAGGUUAAUGGCGUCAAACUGCACUAUGUCGAGAAAGGGAAUCCGGACAAACCGUUGAUGCUGUUUCUUCAUGGAUUUCCAGAGUUUUGGUUUAGUUGGCGUCAUCAGAUGAAUGAGUUUUCCAAGGAUUAUCGAGUGAUCGCACUGGACAUGCGAGGAUACGGAAGAUCAAGUGCCCCGAGUAGUCGAUCGGGUUAUCAAUUAGAUCUGCUAGUAGACGAUGUGAGAAGUUUUGUGAUUAUGCUGGGCUAUGAAAAAGUGUUAUUAGUUGGGCAUGAUUGGGGAGCGAUCAUAGGUUUUCAAUUUGUGCAGAAACAUAUGGACAUGAUUGAUCGGUAUGUCAUGAUGGGAGCGCCAUCGUUGGAUGUCACCAGAAGAUUGUUGGCCACCAGUUGGCAGCAGUUUCGGAUGUCUUGGUAUACGUUUUUCUUUUUGAUGCCAUGGUUGCCCGAAUUUUACGUUAAAAACAGAGAUUUCCGAUACAUUGAACAAAACAUGGGAGAUUUCCUAACUAAAGCAGAAUUGGAAGUGUACAAGCAUACAUUUUCAAAACCUGAAUCUUUGACGAGGGCAAUCGACUAUUACAGAGAAAACUUUAGUUUUCUGCGGAAGGAGGAAAAACUGCCAAUAAUAGAAACAUAUGCUCCAGGGCUCUAUUUGAUGGCUGAGAACGAUCAAUUUAUAACUAUGCAAAGUGGACAAUUGUUGAUGAAGAGCAUGCCUCGCCUGCGAUGCAGAGUUAUACCUGGGUCCAGACAUUACAUGCAACAAGAUCAUCCUGUACUCGUUAACAAGAUAAUUCGUGACUUCCUUGUUCUGCCAAACUGAUACCGUUUUUUUAACUAAUGUGUAGUGUUUAUUAGUAAGAAUAAAAUUUGUACAUGUGUAUUCAACAACAAA